AAGUUUUGGCAGGAAUACUCCCUUUGAAAGAUCGAUACAAUCUACUAUCACUUCGGUUCCUCAUCAGGUGUGAGGUCAUGAACCCAUUGGUGAUCGUUAAUUUUGAAAGGUUACUUGAGCAAAAUUUUCGAACAAGAUUUAUGUCUGUAUACUAUGUCCUCAUGUCAAUGCAGGUAAACCCUUCUUCGUAUUCUCCAACUCGUGUUUUCAGCCCACACUACGAUAAUUCUUCUGCCCAGUUUGAUUUGUCUAUGCAGCAGGAAAUUCGUGGAAUCCCGGAUUCGCAUCGCCCACUUCUGAUUCCAAGAAUUUUCGAAGCUAAAUAUAGACACGUCGAUGCUGACAAAAUGUACUUUACCGAUGGGUCUCUAAUUGAGGAAUCAACGGGAUUCGGAGUGUUCAACGAAACAACUAGCGCCUCUUAUAACCUCCAGUCUCCAUGCUCUGUGUAUAUAGCAGAGUUAGCAGCUAUUCACUGGGCCUUGGACAGCAUCGCCUCACGGCCUGUUGGGCACUACUACAUUGUAACGGAUAGUCUAAGCUCAGUUGACGCAAUACGAUCAAUACGACCGGGAAAGCACUCGCCGUUCUUCCUAGAGAAGAUACGGGAUACUUUGAGUGCUUUAACAAGACGUCGCUUUCCCAUUACCUUUGUUUGGGUUCCCUCUCAUUGCUCGAUAGUGGGCAAUGAGAAGGCAGACUCUCUGGCAAAGGUGGGGGCGACGGAAGGCGACACGUAUCCACGUGAAAUCGUCUUCAACGAAUUCUACUUCUUGGUACGAGGGAACUCUCUUGUCAACUGGCAGCGCAAAUGGGACGAGGAUGAGGAUGGUCGGUGGCUCCACUCGAUUAUCCCAAAGACGCGGUACUCUAUCGUUUUGACAUUGCUGGCAGCAAUUUGUGUAGUUGCGGCCAAGGUUACCAUGACAUCGAGCAUAUUGUUUGGUCGUGUGAGGUCCAUCUUGUCGCCAGAACGAAUUUAAUAGACUCCCUUAGGGCCCGAGGAAAACCACCUAAUGUUCCAGUUAGAGAUGUACUAGCUGUGCUAGAUUUGGACUACAUGUUCGAAAUCUACCUUUUUCUAAAAGCUAUCGAUCUUCGUCUAUAAUUUCUUUUUUAUUUUCAUAUUUCCCUUUCUAUCUUCCUUUCUCCUCUCACAAAGUGUUAAGUUAAGAAAACAAUUGUAAACAACAAAAUCGAUUUUGGCUCCUUAAAGCCUAAAGGUAUGAGCCGUUU